GAGUGUGUACUGUACAGGUCGCGCGCUCCUCCUCCUCGAGCCGAUACCGCGCGCCUCCGUGUCGCUGCGCACGCGACAGUUCGACUUCAAAUCUCAGUGGACAUCUGCCACUUCACCAGAAACCAACACAUUACUGAGAUGUCAGAAUCCCCGGAGCGCCGCUCUUCCGUCUCCUCUGUCUCUCUAUUGGAAAUCAAAGCAGAGACUCAUCUUAUCCUCCAAGCCUUCUUGGACCGCACACUCGCCAUCCCUCAAAAUGACUGGCCUGGCAGAGUGGGAGGAGCCUACGAUGACCAUAACAAGUUCAGUAUGAAGCUAAAGCCCAAACCAAAGGCUGAACCCGAGUCACUGGUGGAAAAUGAGGAGGAGAAGAAGAGCGUGUUAAAUAACCUCCUGCCAAAGUUGCCUCUCCUCGGCUCCUCGCGUCACGCCGCCAAAGACUCCAAGGGCUCAUUGGACAGAGAAAUAUCCCCAGCAGAGGUGUUCUCAUCCACCUCUUCAGAUGAAGGUGACAGUGAGAAGAAGAGGAAAGACAAAAGAAAGAGGAUACAAAAAAGACUCUCGUCGUUCUUUAAAAAAAAGGAAAAACCCAGGAAAGAAAAGAACAAAGAGGGAGAAGACUCCCAUCCUCCUCGGCCUCAGACUCUGCCCAUUUCCAGAAGACCGAAAAUCAAACAAGACGAUGCUGCUGUCUCUCCAAGUCAUCCUCCAGAUUUCUACACCAACGUGGCAGGAAAGCUGGAAAAGAUCGCUCAGACCUCCAUCAAGAGAAGACCUGCCAGCCCUGAAGCAAUGCCACGAGCAGCUGCUGGGGACAAAGAAAAGCUGAUACAGGAUCUGGCUCAGGUGCUGUCUUCAGAGGGAGACUCCAUCAAUGAAAAGAUCCAGGCCAACCCCUUCCUGCGCUCCAGCUUGAACCGACUGUCAUAUGCAUCCUUCGCCAAGCUUCUAGAUAACUACAGCAAUGCUCAGGUGACGCAGGUUUCAGAUCUGCCUCCAUCAGCUAGUCCAACACUGCGCCGCAUAGCAGUCUCCAUGGAGGUGUCACGGCGGAUUGUGACGGCCACAGGAGCACAGCGCACACAAGGCUAUGCUGAGCGCUACAUGGAGACCUUCGUCCCCUGGGUCAAACAGCAUGGAGGCUGGGAGAGCUUGGUGGAGGAGUUUGAUUGACCCCAAGACGUUUUAUUGUAUUCACAAGUGACGUUUGAAAGCAGACAACAGGAAUGAUUGUCUUCUUUAAAGUUGGAUAAGCUAUUGACUGAACACCCAACAGAAGAGCAGCAGGCAUGUGAGACUGCAGCGCCUUCACAUGGCUCGCUUGCCACGCCAUGAAAGAACCGGUUUUACAUUCUUUAUGAAAAAGUCUCUGGAUGCUAUUGCUGGCCCCCGAUAGUAGGAGAGGGUUUAUGUUUACACGGUUUCACAGACCUUAUGAAAGUGUUAGAUCUUUAAACUUUGAUGCUGCUACGAUGUGAGGUUUGUCAUGUAUCAAGAAUAAUCCCCAAAUUGUUAGGCUGGGUUAUUAUUCAUCUCUUUAUUGAUAGAAAAGUUCUGUUUAAACAUAUUCCCCUGAAUCUGGAUGGUGUUAGCAUGCUGUGGCUGCUACACUACUACAACUCCAGCUAAAGCAAGAGAGCUCUUACAGCAGGGGUGUCAAACUCAAUCACACAAGCAGCCAAAAUCAAAAACACCCGUUGGGUCGGCGGCCGAACAGGAUAAACAUUUAUUGAACACUCUAGAACAGCAUUUUUACCAUAA